UCUGCGGCUGCGCGUCAGGACUGCCACGUACUGGCUGACGUUGACAGUCGGGAGGCCACUUCCGGAUGCUGCUCCCCGGGUCUAGCUAGGUUAGCUAAAAAGAUUUGGCUUUCGCGGCCUGGCGAAACCUUGGAAACACAGCGUGGUGAAAACGUCUGAUUUUAGCGGUGGGAGCAGAAGAGGUCAGACGGCACCAUGAACGGCCAGCUGGACCUGAGCGGGAAGCUCAUCAUCAAAGCCCAGCUGGGCGACGACAUAAGGCGCAUCCCCAUCCAUAAUGAAGACAUCACAUACGACGAGCUGGUGUUGAUGAUGCAGCGCGUCUUCAGGGGCAAACUGCAGAGCAGCGACGAGGUUACCAUCAAAUACAAAGAUGAAGAUGAAGAUCUCAUCACCAUCUUUGACAGCUCCGACCUGUCUUUUGCAAUCCAGUGCAGUAGAAUACUCAAACUGACUUUAUUUGUGAACGGCCAGCCCAGGCCUUUGGAAUCAAGUCAAGUGAAGUACCUCCGCAGAGAGCUCAUCGAGCUCCGAAACAAAGUCAACUAUCUCCUCGAUAGCUUGGAACCCCCCACAGAGCCCGGCCUAGCUGCUACUGCACCAGACACCGAGUCAGUCGAUGGGCGUGAAGGUAAAGUCGUUGCAGCUGACCCCUCAGUCAAAGGCCCCCCCGUCAGUGCAGCCAGCAUGUCGGCCUUUGACCCUUUGAAAAACCAAGAUGAGGUCAGCAAGAAUGUCAUCUCUGCUUUCGGCCUGAGUGAGGACCAGGCUCCAGCUCCCCCUGCUGUUGUAGCAGAGGAGCGCUCGGGAACCCCCGACAGCAUCGCUUCAUCCUCAUCUGCAGCGCCUCAGCCGGGAGUCCCCCCCCAGCCACAGCCUGCCUAUCCUGGAGUACAGCAGGGACCGCCUUCUGGGAUGGAUGGCCAAGUGUACCAACAGUACCAGGCUCCUGGGGGGUACCCGCCUCAGCAGCCGGGCGCCCCCUCCCAGUAUGCGAUGCAAUAUCCUGCAGGUUAUAGUCCUCAGUCAGGAGCCCCCCAGCCAGGAGCUCCUCAGCCUGGCCCUCCACAGCAGCCGCAGCAGCAGCAGCAGUUUCAGAAUUACCCUCCCCCCUCCUCCCAAGCUCCUGCUCCUGCUCCAGCUCCAACCCCCGGCUUCCAAGGAGGGCAGCAGCAGCCCCACCCAUCACACGGAGCCCAGCAGUAUCCACCAGGAGCCUUCACUCCCCAAAACUUUAACUCCCAAGCCUCCCAGCCUGCCAACUACAGCAUUCCGCCCACCUCCCAGCCCGGCUCAGGGUACCAGCCCCGCCCGGGGUACACCCCUCCCCCAGGAAGCACCCCUCCACCUGGAAGUGCAAACCCGUACGCCCGUAACCGCCCUCCGUACGGUCAGGGCUACGCUCAACCGGGCCCUGGCUACCGGUAAAAAGGAGCGUAGCUUUCACGCACCCUUACACACCCUUAAUACCCCCACCCUGUAUGUGGCUCCCAACUGAUCGGAGGGGUGCAGACACAAGGCCUACCUGGGGACCCCCCUCUAAACUCCCCUCAUUCAAAUAUUAAGCCCACUGAUGAAACAAGCAGCCCCUCCCAGUCUGAUGGUUAGUGUUUGUUUCUGCAGCACGCCGCUCUGUUGUGUCUGCUCCUCCUGCCCCCCCCUCUUGUAUCCGUCGUACGUUAGACCUUCAGUACAGCGAGGAGACAUCUGAAAACCUCUGUGGAGGAGCGUCCACAACACACCGUCACGCUCAAUCCCCUUUUGUUUAGUUCCCUUGUUUUGAUCAAACUCACCACCUUUACGGUAUUAAUUUGUUGAUGCCCGUCCCGGAUGUUAGGGAACACUAACUAAGUGAUGGCUUAUGGGAGGUGUAGUUUUGAGUCCUGAAAGCAGAAUCUUUAUCUUUUGUUUUUUUGAGCUUCUUAUUGUGUUUCACUUCCAGUGCAGGUUGUUUUUUUUCCUUUUUCUCUUUCACUGGUUUUUACUAAUAUAUCAAAUCAAAUUCCACCUUUGAGUGAUAUUAGUUGUUUAUGUAUAAACUGUAACAUUUUUGUUCUUGAAACUAAUAAAUGAUUGAAACCCA